CUGGAGAAGAUGAAGCUGCUCCUCUUCCUCUGCUGCGUCCUCACAGCGUCUGCUGAGGUCCUACAUGAGGACCUUGCUGUCAGUGGCUGUUCAGACUCUGGUGGAGAGUUCAUGUACGGUCUGGAUGGUGAAGAGCGGUGGUACGCUGACUUCACCAAGAAGCAGGGAGUCCAGCCUCUGCCCCCUUUCAUAAGUGAGGGUGAUUACCCGGGAGGUUACGAAGCAGCUGAGAAUGAUCAACAGACCUGCAGAAUAAACCUGAAGAUAUUUCGUAAAGGAAUGAAGGACCCCCCUCUAGAACGAGAUCCUCCUUCCAGCCUGACCAUCUACAUCAGGGAUUACGUGGAGCUGGAGCAGCCCAACACCCUGAUCUGCCACGUCUCGGGUUUCUACCCGGCCCCGGUCCGGGUUCACUGGACCAGGAACGGCCAGAACCUCACCGAGGGGGCCAGCAUCAAUGCCCCCUUCCCCAACAAGGAUGGGACCUUCACCCAGAUCUCCAGGCUGCCGAUACUCCCCCAGCAGGGGGACGUCUACAGCUGCUCAGUGGAACAUCUGGCUAUGAGCCAGCAGAUGACCCGCAUCUGGGAUGUGGAUGCGGCCGGCCCUCAGCCAGCUGUGGGUCCAGCUGUGUUCUGUGGGGUGGGGCUGAUGGCGGGGCUGCUCGGGGUCUCAGCUGGAACCUUCUUCCUGAUCAAAGGGAACGAGUGCAGCUAA